CCGGCGGUAGCUGUAGGAGUAAUAACAAGCGUGUCACGGCAGUAACAAGAAGUGUGUAACGCCAACAGCUGUAAUAGCAAAAACAAGUGUGGAACAGCAGUAACAGCCGCUGUGUCACAGCAGCAACAACUCGGCAUCGGCUGAGUUCUCCCACAGCGAAGGAGGUUCUUCGGCACGGACAAGAGAUUAGUCUACAUGCAGUAAAUUGGAAGAAAUGGAAGAAAGGAAGAUCAAGAGGAGGAGCCCCAAAUCAUCUUCCAGUCACUCUGCUCAGGUUGCUAACUCAAAAAAAAGCUCAGUGCCAGUCAGUAAAAGUACAGCCUUUUCCAACCCUGCCCCACAGCCUGCCGUACAAAAACCAAAGUUAAAACGCAUCAUCAAAGAGAAAGCCAAACCUCCGGGAGGUGAAGCAAAAGGGGCACAGGCAGCACCAAUCCAGCAUUCUUUUCUCACAGAUGUAUCAGAUGUCCAGGAAAUGGAAAGGGGACUUCUGAGUCUCUUGAAUGAUUUCCACUCUGGCAAACUUCAAGCAUUUGGAAAUGAAUGUUCCAUAGAGCAGAUGGAGCACGUGCGGAGUAUGCAGGAGAAACUUGCUCGCCUCAAUCUGGAGCUCUAUGGGGAGAUGGAAGAACUCCCUGAAGAUAAAAGAAAACUAGCCAGUGAUUCCAACCUGGAUAGACUGCUGUCAGAUCUAGAAGAACUAAAUUCAUCUAUCCAAAAACUACAUUUAGCAGAUGCUCAGGAUAUUCCAAAUGGUACUACAGGCUGAGAGGGAACAGCUUUGUCGAUCUGGAUUCUCCCAGCUUUGCUUUGGUUUUUCCGGACAAUGGAAUCAAGAAGAGUUGUAACUUUGUGUUGUUUGUUUUUUAAUUUUACACAACAAAGAAUCAAAAUGCAAAUCCAGGUGUUUAUUUUGCACAUUCCUCUGGGCACUGAAUCAUGUCAGGGCUCAGUACCUAGUUGUAGUUAAUUGUGAUGCUGUGCUUUUUAUUAUUGCCUUACUUAAGAAAAAAAAUGGAGAAACUUGGAAAUAUAUUUCUUCUGCUUAAUGUUCAUAUGGCUACAAAUGGUACAUGUAUAUAAGUUCAUUGGCAUUUCUCCAGUUUUUAUGAAGGUAGUGAUAAUGUUGCCUUUCAGAUGAUUACACAGACAAUCUGCUCACUGUAUCUUUAGUGUUUUGUUGAUUGGUGAUGCCACAGAUGAAUUUAUUGUUAAUAAAGUGAAAAAUUUUAAAUAGAUGAUGUUUCAUUUGCAUAAGCUGCUAUUGGUUUGGCUGCAGUAGGAAGAUGAGUUUUAGCAUUGUCUGAAUGUUUGCAGAGUUUCUGUUUUUCCAUUACUAUGAAUAAUUAUAAAAUGUCACCAAAUUAAAAUUAGCGUGCAUGCUAGUAGUCUACGUAAAUUAAGUAUUGUGAAAUUCCAAAAUUGGGUGAAUAAUUACUGUUUAAUAAAUCCAGGAUAUUCAA